AUGAAUCUCAAAUUAAUACAAAUAAGCUUAUUUCUUCUUUUAAUAUGCUUAUGCAAAGGAUAUAGUGGCAAGGAAAAUAAUAAUGGAAAUAAGAUUAUAAAAUUGAUUCAAUUUUUAUCUGGGUCCAAAACUAAUGAUGCAGGAGAAGUAUAUAAAGAGCAACAAGCUUAUGAUGAGCAACCAAAUCAUGGCGCUCUCGUUGUAAGAGAUAAAAAUGGGAAGCCCGUCGAUAAAAAUAAUUUAAAAAAUAAUAUAAAAAUCGUUUUUAUCGAUUUAGAUGGAACAUUAUUAAACAAACAUCAAAAAGUAUCCAAAUUAAAUAUAGAAAGUUUAACAAAGGCACAAAAUAAAGGAAUAAAAAUAGUUUUUGCUACUGGUCGUCCGAUGUUUUCAGUUAAUGCUUUAAUAGGAAAAGAUGUUAAAAAAAAUAAUUUAAGUUUAAUGCCCGGAAUAUAUUUAAACGGCGCUAUCACUUACGGUCCUAAUGGUGACAUAAUACUUGAUAAUUAUAUAGAUAAAAAAUUAAUAAUGGAUAUAUAUAAUUUUUCAAAGGAAAACAAUCUCGUUGGACGUAUGUUUUGGGAUAGUUUAGAAAAAGCACAUGUAUUUGAAAAGAAUGAAUAUACUGAUCGAUAUUUGAAUCUUGAACCUACAAAACCUGAUAUUAUUGAUGAAGAAACAUUAAAAAAUACAAAAAUAUACAGAAUUUUGAUAUUAUUAGAUGAAGAAAACUUAUCAAGUGUAUUAAAAAUGUAUAAAAACAAAUUUUCGCAUCGAGUUUUUGUAGAUAACACAUUUCAAACAUAUAUAGAAGUGUAUCAUCAUAAUGCAAAUAAAUUUGAAGGUGUAAAAGCAUUAUGCAAACAUUUCGAUAUAAAUUUAAAUGAUGCAUUAGCUAUAGGAGAUGGUGAAAACGAUAUAGAGAUGUUACAAGGCAUAGGAACUUCGAUAGCAGUACAGAAUGCUCCUAGUGAAAUAAAGAAAUGCGCAAAAUAUGUAGCUCCAUCAAACAUUGAUGAUGGGGUACAUCAUGCAAUACGAACAUUUUGUGACAUUUAA